AUGCCUUCUCUGGACAUCGCCACCGUCCGUAGCGCGUUCCCUGCUCUCUCGUCGGGUUUCCUGUACGCGGACAACGCAGGAGGCUCGCAAUGUCUUGCCGACGCGGUCACCCGUAUCUCGGACUACCUCCUCAACACCAACGUCCAGCUUGGUGCCGACUACGUCGUGUCGCAGAAGAGCACGUCCCGAGUUGCAUCGGGAGCAGAAGCAGCGAAGGAGCUGUUCAACGCGGAUAGCGUCGGUGAAAUCGCCUUCGGCAGCAGCGCGACGAUGCUGGUCGCGAACUUGGCCCGGGCGAUGGAGAAGGACGUGCAGGAAGGCGACGAAGUCAUCAUCACCGGCGAGCAUGAGGCGAACGUCGGCCCGUGGAAGCGGCUCGCUGCCCGACGUGGGGCGAUCAUCAAGCUUUGGCUCCCAUCCCAGAUCGCUGCGUCUCCGAACAAUCCCUAUGCGGUCUCUCUGCAGCUGGAAGACCUCCUGCCCCUCAUCACCGCCAAGACACGCCUCAUCGCGUUUACGGCUUGUUCGAACAUCCUUGGCUCUGUCGUGCCCGUGAAGGAGAUCGUCCACGCCGCGCGGGAGAAGGCGCGGAAAUUUGGGGCGCCGAAGUUCGAAGUGGCCGUCGACUGCGUGGCGUACGCGCCGCAUCGGCGCAUCGACGUGAAAGACUGGGACAUCGACUACUGCGUCUUCUCGGUGUACAAGGUGUACGGCCCGCACGCGUCGGCGCUCUACGUGCGCGCGUCGGCGCUAACGAGCUCCCUCUCCUCGCUUGCGCACCACUUCCUCUCUGUCGACGCCAAGCCGUACAAGCUCCAGCCUGGCGGGCCCGGCUACGAGAUCGUCUACGGCUGCACCGCCGAGCAAGGCGGAGAGGGCGUCCAGAUCGUGGGCGACGAGCACGAGGGCCUGAGCCGCGUACCCACCGUCAGCUUUGUGGUCGCUGGUGAGAGGCCGAUACGGAGCAAGGACGUCGUCAAGGCGUUCGACGAGAAAGGCGAUAUCGGGAUCCGGUAUGGACACUUCUAUGCGUACACACUGGUCGACACGCUGCAGCCGAAACUUGACGUCGACGAUGCUGUCGUGCGCAUCUCCUUUGUACACUACAACACUGUGCAGGAGGUCGAAACGAUCAUCAGGGUCUUGGACGAGGUACUAGCAUAG